CACCAUUCCAGGAGAGGACAGACGAAGAAGCAGUAACGUUAGCACAAACUGCUACUUUAGCUGUUAAUGAUAAGAGCUCUUUGGUCGUUGGCUGAAGUGACAACUCGCAAAUUAAUUGGAGAAAUCUUUUCUUCUGCGAACUCAACGCUCUUCGUUUUAGGUUUCCCACCUUGAAGAUCUCCAUUUACUCCUAUAAAAUAACAGUGUAUCACCACUGGUUGCCCUGUGACUCAGGGGAAAUAAUGUGCUGCAGCUGAAGAUGGGGGGUAGUGGCUCCAAAUCCAAAGGAUUUUGGCCUUUCUCUGGCUCAGGCAGUGGAGACGAUGCCGCCAAAGAUGGAAAUGAGCAGUCACUGACAAGAGCACGAAGUUUUCCUGGAGCGACUCCAUUCGUGUUUACCAGACGAAGCUCUAUGUACUUCGACGAGGAUGGUGACCUGGCCCACGAGUUUUAUGAGGAGACGAUUGUGACAAAAAAUGGACGUAAACGAGCCAAGCUGAAAAGGAUUCAAAAAAACUUGACACCUCAGGGAAUUAUAAAGCUGGACCACCCGUGCAUCCAUGUAGAUUUCCCCAUUAUCCUCUGUGAAGCCUGACAGUCUCCUGAGGGACUCAGACAAGCCACUGUGUCAGCUCCAUCCUGGGUUUCUCCUUUUUCCCCGACCCCCACUCCCUGAAGAUGGAAGCCAGGAACAACUUUAAAUAACGUGAUCUAAAUUAUCUGAAGCUCCUGUGUGAGAAGGCUGUUGCAAUGUGUGCUGAGCCUCUGCAUGUGACCCGUUGUUGGCUUGUGUGCAGCGAGACACAGGAUGGACGGCCAGUUGGGAUGGAGAGAAAAAGCAGAAUCCUCUCAUUUUAUGGAGAUCUUGGCUUGUGUGCAUGUCGGCAUGAAUGCGUGCAGACAAAAGAAGAAACCUGUAAGAAUUCUAAAUAUUUUUUUUUGCUGCAGAUUGUUCUCUUGUACAACACAUUGAACUCAAUGAGUUUAGAGUAAAAGCAGUACUUGUUAUUUUAUCUAUAGUGAGAAAUUUGUCUGUGCACAUUUACAUUUUUUUGACACUAUUCUGUCUUGCUUUAGUUUGCAUGGAGAGGAAGUGGUUUGGGGCUGCAGCCUUGUGAGUUGGCAAUCAGUAGCCACCCAAACAAAUCUUAAGAGGAUUAAUAUCAUGUUGUAACAAUUGAAGGACUUAAGUGACUACAUAGUCUUGUUUGUACACAAUAGCAGUGAGUCAAAUAAGAGAUCCUGAUUUUUCUUUGCUGCUUUGGCAGGAUGUGUUUCACAUUUAAUUUAUUAAAACAAUUUUUGUAAUUACAAAAUAAAA